AUGUUUAACAGGCCUCUUGAUAGUUCAAUUAUCCAAGUUUUAAUUAUGUUUGCCACCGCAGUACAUGUAACCUCAUUUCCCACCGCAGUUAUUAUAAGCUUACAUUUCAUUAUAUUAUUACCAUUACUACUUCUGAUUUUCAUUUUGAUUCAUAUUCUCACAUAUCUUGAUCCAUCAUAUUCUAUUACAGAACUUAUUCAUACAUUUUAUCCUUUGAAGCGUCUAAAAUCACCCAAAAAAAAAUGA